UGUGUUCAGAGGGUGGGGUUUGUUUAGUUAGAAGGUGGUCCUUUCCUCGGCCACACAUGAAAGCUAUAAGACAGCCGGAGCUCCUUGAGAGUGUGUGAGACACAGACUGCUGUGUGGAGUGUGAUGAUGAUGAUGAUGAUGAUGAAGAUGUGCACUCGCGAGUGUGUGACUGCAGGUCUGCUGUUCUUUAUGUGUGUGUGUCUGAAUCAGCAGAUGCUGGAGGCCUGCAGCUGCGCGUCUGCACAUCCACAACAGCUCUUCUGCAGCGCUGACGCAGUGCUGCGGGCAGAGAUAACCGGAGAGAAGAUCAGGCGCAGAGAAGACAUUAACCCGAUGUACGGCCUGGGGAAAAUACAGUAUGAGGUGCAGGUGAUCAAGGUGUUCAAGGGCUCGGACAGGAUAAAAGACCUCCAGCAUGUCUACACGCAUGAGAUGUCUUCAAUGUGCGGGAUCAGACUGAACCGUGGCCAGUAUCUGCUCUCAGGAAGUAUGAUGUCUGAGGGAUUCUUUGUCACACUGUGUGACUUUGUUGAGCACUGGGACAGACUCUCCUUAACGCAGAAGAAAAACCUCAAAUACAGAUAUCAGAUGGGCUGUAACUGCACGAUAUCCAUCUGCACUGAACAGCCCUGUCACCCCAAGGUAAAAAACGAGUGUAUCCUGACAGACUGGUCAUCCUUGUGGCCAUUUGAGGAUGGAGAACCAGUUCAUGAAUAUGCCUGCAUCCGACACAGUGAUGGCUCCUGCAGCUGGCAUGAAGGAGGAACAUCCGUACCUUCUGAAAAAAACACCACAGACAUUUCUGAAGGCUGAGAAUGUAGAAAUGAAUACCCAAAAAUCAGCUCUAUCUUACAGACACUCAGAACACCUUAGCAACCUCUUACUUGGCUAACCUAACAACCAAAUAACUAUUCUAGUCACUUUGAAAGCACUCCAGUCACUACCAGAAAACUCGUCAUUACCAGAACCCUCCAGUCACUACCAGAAAACUCGUCAAUACCAAAACACUAGUCACUACCAGAACACACCAGUCUCUACCAGAACAAUCAUCACUACCAGAACACUCUAAUCACUACCAGAACACACAAGUCAAUACUAGAACUCACCAGUCACUACCAAAACACUUCAGUCAUUACCAGAACACUCAUCACUAGCAGAACACUCCAGUACCAGAACACUCCAGUCACUACCCGAACAUAUCAGUCACUACCAGAAAACUCGUCACUACCAAAACACUUAAUACUACCAAAACACACUAGUCAAUACCAAAACACUCCAGUUACUACCAGAACACUUGUCACUACCAGAACACUCCAGUUCCAAGACUUUAGUCAUUCCCAGAACACUUGUCACUGAACUUUCCAGUCACUACCAGAACACACCACUCACUACCAGAUCACUUGUCACUACCAGAACCCUUGUCACUACCAGAACACUCCAGUCACUACCAUAACACACCAGUCAUUACCAGAACACUUCAGUCAUUAUCAGAACCCUCGUCACUACCAGAACACUCCAGUCACUACCAUAACACACCAGUCAUUACCAGAACACUUCAGUCAUCAUCAGAACACUCGUCACUACCAGAAUACUCCAGUCACUACCAGACAACUUGUCAUUACCAGAAGACUAGUUAUUCCCAAAACACUUGUUACUAUCAGAACACUUGUCACUACCAGAACACUCCAGUCACUACCACAAAACUUGUCACUACCAGAACACACCAGUCACUACCCAAACACUCAUCACUACCAGAACACACACUAGUCAUUACCAGAACACACUGGUCACUACCAGAAUGCUCAUCACUACCAGAACACUCCAGUACCAGAACACACAAGUUACUACCAGAACACAUCAGUCACUACCUGAACACACAAGUAACUGCCAAACAACCAUGCAGAACACUCCAGUCAUUACCAGAACAUUUGUCACUUACCAGAACACUUCAGUACCAGAACCCUUCAGUCACCACCCAGAACACUCCAGUCACUAUCAGAACACUUGUCACUGCCAGAACACUUCAGUACCAGAACACUUCAGUCACCACCCAGAACACUUCAGUCAUUACCAGAACACACCAGUCACUACCAUAACACUAGUCACUAUAAGAACACACCAGUCACUACCAUAACACUAGUCACUACCAGAACACACCAGUCAGUACCAGAACACUUGUCACUACCAGAACACACCAAUUGCUACAAGAAAACACAACUACCAUUAAACCACCCAGAACUCUCCAGUCACUAAGACACCUUAGCAGCCACCUAAGAACCCAUCACACUUUAUCAACAAGCAACCACUCUGAUCUUCAUAGCAACCUCCUGAUGAAGGCAUGUUUCAUGAUGUAUUUUUCUGACAUGUACAGUUAGCCAGUGCUCUUAACAUACAGCAGUAGUUUUAGUUGACUGUCUAACCAAUGAUUUGCAUUAUAGUUGUCUGUAUUUGAUUAUUAUUGAUUUUAUUCGUCAACGCAACAUAUCUUUUCUGAUUUAAUUUUCUAUUUCAAAAGGAAUAAAGAUUAAAAACUGCAAUUU